AUGUACAUGCUUUGGAUGAUGUGGGAAUGUUCUGCGACGGCAGGCCAUCGCCUCUUGCACUGGGGGAAUCAUCCUGUGAAAUGGGUUCGACUCACUGGUAUUAUCGUAGCCGUCGCUGAGCGCGGUAACGGAACGAGGGCUAUGCGGGUUUACACGCUCGAUGAUAGUAGUGGAGCUUGUAUCGACUGUCCGGCCAGUACAUCGCAUGGAAACUCCGGGGCAAGGUCGAAAGAUAUUGGCAGCGGCGGAGACAAAGCGAUGCCAUCAGUACUCACUCCAAGCGUGCCCUGGGACCUCGUCGUCGUUGGAUCAGUGGUCAAAGUCAAAGGACGUAUCGGCUUCUGGUGGGAGCAGCGACAGGUAGAGGUGGUUAAGAUUGAGAUUUUAGGUUGCACCGACACAGAGGUGCGCUGUUGGAACGAAGUUCGCGAUUUCCGACGGAAUAUUCUAAGCCAGCCGUGGCACCUAAGCCACGAAGAGAAAAGGCUUUGUCGCAAGCUAAUGGAACGGCAGAAGCGUCGAGCCAGGAAGGCGCAGAGAAGGGUCGUAGAGUGGCCAGCUGCAAAUAAUUUCCUACCAAUGGCGCGCAUGGGGCGAGGGGAUGUGGCGGGGAGAGGUCGCAUGGAGGUCCUGGAAGAUUGA